AACGGUUGAAUCAUGGCCGUCUUUUGACGGAAUAGUCCGUAUGGGAUUUCGGCAAGAAAUAUUUCAAUAUUGUUUACUGGUGUAGCGAUCACUCGGACGGACAUGAGAAGAAUUUGGCACCUUUUCAAAAAAACCAACUACUUUAUUCUGUCAACCACAUGUCACAUACAAAAAUGUUCGGUUCAACCGGACUCCUGAGGUCCGAGGAAAGUUCUGGAAGUGGCAGCAACCUUUCGCUAUUCCGUGAUUUCAAUCCCAUCAAGGCACGCGGAACCAGGGGCAGCCUGUUCACGGCCGCUAGCGAAGAGGACGACGAAGUCCACUUUGACACGUCUGACACAGAUAAUAACCGCGAGGUGUUGAUGGCCGGUAGACGUUACCCGUCCGUCCAGGAGUUUGCCUCAGCAAUCCCCAACCACCUUCUCCUGGGCUCCCUGCUGGAGCACCUGUGCUUCGUCUAUGAGAGUAACCCCACGCGCUCCCGCACGCUCUUCAAAGUCAUUGGCCAGCGUUUAGCGACCAUGAAUCUCCUCUCACCUUUGGCCAUAAGCGACGAGUUCAGCACCGUCAGGUUGCAGCACAACCGGGCCUUCACCGAGCUGCUUCACACCGCCAGCUCCUCGCUGUAUCCACAGGGCCAGCCUGGCGCCGGAGCAAACGCACACAACCCUGCUGUCAGACCGAAGGAGGGGCUGUUUCAAGCACAGACGUCACGCUAUCUUAGUGAAUUUGAAGAAGUGUUGAGACUGGGAAAAGGAUCUUAUGGAAAGGUUUUUAAGGUUAUGAACAAAUUAGAUGGACAGUUUUAUGCUGUGAAGAAAAUUCUCAUCAGAAAAGUCUCAAAGGAUGACUGCAUGAAGGUCCUCAGAGAAGUCAAAGUGUUGUCCAGCCUGCUGCAUAUAAAUGUUGUGGGCUAUCACACUGCGUGGAUGGAGCAUGUUCAGCCUGCGUCAUUGAGGCUUUCUGCAGACCCUGAGUCUCUCCUGCCAGCACUGGAGUCCCCUGAACAACUGGACAGCUCGGAUGAGAGCUCCGACAACGUCAGCAACAGCUCCUCCAUAGUUUUUCAAAGCCACAGUCAAGCGGCGACAGACUCCAGAGCCAACGUGCCCCCGAGAGAGGCCGAGCCCCUCGGGGCUCCGGGUGCCCCCCCAGAGAAGAGCCAGGUGGUGUGUGCCAAGACCACGCGCCAGAUCCCCAAGAACUACGUCCCCUGUGUGUUCCUGGGACAGGGAGGUCCACCCAAGACCUCCAAAUGCCCAGCGAUGGGUUGGGAGGGCGCAGCUCUGGUGGAAGAGGAGUCCAGCAGGGGCAGCAUCGAACUGAACAACAACUCCUGCAUCAACGAGGAAUUUCUGCAGUGGGCCAGCAAAAGACGUACAGGAAACCCUUCUAAAGAGUUCCACUUGAUGCUCUACAUCCAGAUGCAGCUGUGCGAGCGCUCACUGAAGGACUGGAUCUCCGAGAGGAACGCCAAGCCCAAAGAAGAGCAAACGCCAGGAUGCCCGUAUGGAUGCGUUGACCCCGAACACACACUCAGUCUGCUCAGAGGGAUCCUGGAAGGAGUGGAGUACAUUCACUCCAGGGGAAUGAUGCACAGGGAUCUGAAGCCCAGGAACAUUUUCCUCCUCGGUAAUGACUGCCAUGUUCGAAUUGGGGACUUUGGCUUGGCCUGCAGGGAUAUAAUAAUGGAGGGCCAUAAAAGCUCCUCAUCUUCCAACCGUGAGUCUUCACACACUACAGGUGUUGGCACAUUUGUGUAUGCUGCUCCCGAACAACUGAAGGGCUCUCAAUAUGAUUCAAAGUCAGACAUGUACAGCAUCGGGGUGCUGGCUCUCGAGCUUUUCCAGCCCUUCGGGACAGAGAUGGAGCGGGUCCGGACCCUGGGGGACCUGAGGGAGGGGAGCAUCUCAGACUCGUUCUGCCGGAGAUGGCCAGUCCUGUCAAAGUACAUUAUGAAGUUGACAAACAAGGAGCCCAGUGUUCGUCCCACAGCCAGCCAGCUUCUACAGAGUGAACUCUUCUGCAGUAAAGACAUUGUGAUCCACAGUUUACAGAGAAGGGUUGAAGAGCAGGAGGGAGAAAUCAUGCAGCUGAGGAGACAGAUCAGUCGGCUUCAGAGCUCAGAAGUCGCAGUUAGUGUUUCUGAGUCUGAUGAGACCUAAGCCUUAAAAGGUCUGAUUUAUUGAACUACUGUUGUGCUUUGUUUUGGUGACUUAGUAUGUGUGUGUGUGUGUGUUACAUUUGAAUGUGUCUUGUACACUGAGGUGUAAGGGUGCUAUUAUUUAUUUUCCUUCAGCUGUUUAAUAAACUUAUGCUACACUCAGAUUCAUUGAAAUGCA